CGUUUAAUCGCGUUUUUAUGCUGGCACUCGCCAGGAAAAGACGAAACUGAAAAUUGCGAUUUUUCAAAUGCGGAAAUCGAGAUUGAACACUAUUGAACUUUGAAUUUGUUAAAAAUAUUGGUUGGUGAUGGCUGAAAUUCUAAACGGCAUUGAUUCAAGUGGUGUUAGCCUAUAAAGUGCAUAAACAGCGAAGUUUUUAGCUCCUUUGGUUCUAAACUUAUCAAGUGCAGAAGACAAACUUGUACAAUAGCGUUUUUGCAAGAAUCAGCCAAUUUUACAAAUUUGAUUGUUUAAUUUUUACAAGUAUGGUUAGUCAAAGAAAAUAAAUUGUUACUUUGACUCGUUACUAAGUGCAUAAAGUAGGAAACUUCAAGAAAACUCCUUGAGGUAAAAAUAGUGAAGGUCAUUGAUCGCGCAUUAGUUUGGUGGAAACUACAGAGCGAGCACGUUUGUAACUAUGCGUUUAAAUUCGUGUAUUUUUCGCUUCAGCUGCAGGCUCCAAUCGAACUUUCGCCUUUAAAAAAACCGUGAAAUUGGCAACUUUUCAGAAAAAUUGCACGUGAAUAUAUAAAACCGAUUCCAAGUCAUUUGCCACCCGGUAUGAGCGGUGCCAACGACUUGAUUAUCGACUACUCAAAACGCGAUAAUUACACAACCCGAACGAAAUAUUGAAGUUCACUUGAUCAAAAUGAACGAGAACGUUCUCCUGGAUCAAGUUUUGGACUUUUACAGUCAAAACGACUGGAGGAAAGUGUUGCGACUGAACGAAACAUCCGAAUGCAAAGAGGCCCGCAAACUGCUCUGGGCGUGGCCUAGUGAAGACAAUAUGCUGUUCCUCAAAAAGGCCUUGGAGGAAUAUGGCCUUAAAGGUGUCGCAUCUAUGGGAUGUGGAUGCGGGCUUUUGGAGUGGAUUAUUCAACAAUUCACCGGAUUGCCAGUAGUGGGAUACGAGGUGAACAGACAAUGGUGGGAAAGCAAGUACUCAAUACCCAGCUUUAUUCCUCUGGAGUAUGUGGAUAGUGAUCAGCUCAAUGUGGAUGGGCUUAUUCCGCAAGACUUUGCGCUAAUGUUCUGCUACUUCAACGACGGCCGCGCGUUUAGAGAGUAUGUGCAACGUUUUAGGGGAUUGAUGAUAAUUAUUAUUGGGCCUGAUGAUGGCUCAGGCAGGCACACGGAUCCCCAGCCCUUUACCGCCGACUUUGGCCAAUCCGGUUGGAUGCUGGUUAGGCAGCAAGAAAUCAAGAACACCAAAGACUUUAUAGCCAUUUAUUUAAGAAAUCCAGCAUAAUAAAAUAGAUUGUUUUUUA